UACCAGAAAAAAAAAGAGAGACGACCGACUGAACGAGAAGGACUUACUGGCUCUACAUAUAAUCAUUAAUACACACUCCUUUUAUUUAUAUAGUUAUCCUUUUUAGCCUUCUUUUCCUCUCUCUCACUCGCUCUCUCUCUCUUCGAUCCUCAAUCUACGGCCUCACUCCCACUUCAAUCGCUCUCUUUCUCAUUAAAAAACGACGCCGUAUUAUAAUAAUCAUAAUAGUAUUUAAUUAAUAAUCUCUCUGUUUUUCUUUCUAAUAAGAAAUUCGAUUACUUGUUUAAAUUCUCCGGUAAUCAAAAUUUAGCGGCACUGCGUUGUGGCUUUUGUGUGUGUGUGUGUGUGGAUGGGCUAUGGCGGAACCAGCAGCAGAAGCAGCAUCGGUUCUAAGUAGUAGUAGUAGUUCUUGGAAACAAAGCAAGUUUGGGAAAGCUAUUUUCGCUAUCCUUGGAAUCAUGCUCACCCUCGUCACCUAUGGUGUUCUACAGGAAAAGAUCAUGAGAGUACCAUAUGGGGUGAACAAAGAAUAUUUUAAAUAUUCAUUGUUUCUUGUUUUCUGCAACCGAAUAACAACAUCUGCCGUCUCUGCGUGUGCUUUACUGGCAAGUAAAAAAGCCUUGGACCCAGUGGCUCCAGUUUACAAGUACUGCCUUGUAUCAGUAUCAAACAUACUAACCACCACAUGUCAGUAUGAGGCCCUCAAAUAUGUCAGUUUUCCUGUUCAGACGCUUGCUAAGUGUGCCAAAAUGAUUCCUGUUAUGGUUUGGGGCACUCUUAUUAUGCAGAAAACAUACAAGGGACGUGACUAUUUGUUGGCUUUUCUAGUGACCCUGGGUUGUUCAGUAUUUAUUCUAUAUCCGGCAGAAGCUGACAUUAGUCCAUACAGUAAAGGAAGGGAAAACACUGUUUGGGGCGUCUCCCUAAUGCUUGGUUAUCUUGGGUUUGAUGGCUUUACAAGCACAUUCCAAGAUAAACUUUUUAAAGGCUACCAUAUGGAAAUACACAACCAAAUAUUCUACACAACAUCGUGUUCUUGUAUUAUUAGCUUGACAGGUCUUUUAUUACAAGGGCAUCUACUUCCAGCAAUAGAUUUUGUUUAUAGGCAUCAUGAUUGCUUCUUUGACAUUGUAUUGCUUUCGACGGUAGCAACAGCAAGUCAAUUUUUCAUUUCUUACACUAUUCGCAAUUUUGGUGCCCUUACAUUUGCCACCAUAAUGACCACAAGACAGUUGGUUAGCAUCAUGCUGUCGUGUAUAUGGUUUGUCCAUCCCCUAAGCUGGGAACAGUGGAUUGGAGCUGUUAUUGUCUUUGGUACCCUUUAUGCAAAAACCUUCUUGAAAAAUCCACCACAAAAACCUUCACUUCCAGAACCUACAGGAAAUGGAGCUACUAGUCCUGUGAAGCAGAAUCCUGUAUGAGGGCCAGUCUUAUGUUUGCUAUGAGAUCUGGCACUUGCUAUCUCUAACUAUUAAUAGGCAGCUUUAAUUUUAAGUGUAAAGCGGCAAAUUGAAAACUGAGAAGGCUCACACAGGAGUAAGUUUAACCUUAACCCAUACAGCAUCGCAUGCACCUGAAAUUGCGAGUCAGCAGCAUCAUUUCUGAUAUACAGAGUUCAAACGUCUUGUAAUCCGCAAAUUUUCCAUUAAUGGAGAUAAAUCAUAGCUUAACUAAAGCCAAAGGAAUUU